AUGGGGUUUUUCGACCACCUCCAAAAGGGAGGAGCCUUCUCUUUACAGGCGAAGAAAACACAAGUGCGCAAGGUGGUGCAGACAAAGCCAGCUGCUCCAACAAAUCCUUCUGUCCAGAAUGCAGCCUCUCGACCUCCGCGCGCCCAGUCCUCGAGUCACAAGGCGCCGAAAGCCCGAUCAGUCUCGAGUGACGCAGACCCACGUCUUUCGAAAAGACUGACAACCCCGAGUCGCCCACGGAAACGUCCGACGCCAGAUACGCGCCUGUCGAGUGAUGACGACGACGUGAGUGAUAGCGAUACUUCUUUCGAAAUACGCAAGCGUGCCAAGGUCAGCGCAGAACCUGACCCGGAGCGGCGCAUCCGCUCGGCGAAAGCCUUCUCGGAGGAUGGCAGCCGGCCAUUCAAGAUGGUACACGCUGCCGAUAUAACCUCUGGCGAUAAGGCUGGCAAAUUCAAGCCGGCUUUUGGCGCCGCAGGAAAGUCGAAGGAAAUUCUUUUACAAUAUCCUAGUGCCUCUAGGAAGGAACGGUUUGAUUGCAUGGUUCCCAAAGACAAUGAUGAAUUUCGACCCAUCGACGACAUUGUACAAGUCAUUGAAACCGUCGCGGACCAUUACAUUCCCAGCCACGAGGCCGCAGAAUUCAACGACGAGACGACUGGAAUAAGGCGCAGGCUGCGCCGCGCUAUAGCCCUCACGUCGGAGACACAAUUUCGAGAGGCUGUGGAAGAUUAUAACAAGUCGGUGGAUCGGCUGAGGAUCGAUGGCAGCAUUGCGAAAGUACUGGACGAAACUCAACGUAUGAGCCUUCCCUGGGUGGAGCGAAUCCUCAAUCAGACCUAUGCGCGGACAGUAUCUCCUCGAGUCGAGUCUUUACGGCAGUACGAGAAUGGCACGGAUAACGUGUACGGGGAAUUGCUUCCCCGAUUCAUCAGCGAUAUAUUCAAGGAGACCAAGUUGAAAUCUGGUCACGUGUUCGUCGACCUUGGCUCCGGUGUCGGCAAUGUUGUCCUCCAAGCGGCACUCGAAAUUGGAUGCGAAAGUUGGGGAUGCGAGAUGAUGGCGAAUGCUUGUGAUCUGGCAGAGUUGCAACAGGCAGAGUUCAAGGCUCGGUGUCGGCUUUGGGGCAUACUGCCCGGCAAAACACACCUUGUUCGAGGAGACUUCCUUGAACAAGAAAGCAUUAUAAAUGUCCUGAAGCGCGCCGACGUGGUGCUGAUUAACAACCAAGCAUUUACCCCCCAGCUCAACAACGAACUGAUCAAUCAUUUCCUUGACAUGAAGGAAGGCUGCAAGAUUGUCUCUUUGAAGUCGUUCGUCCCUGCUGGCCACAAGAUUCAGUCCCGCAACCUGAAUUCCCCUAUCAAUCUUCUCAGAGUUCAACAGAAGAACUACUGGUCCAAUAGCGUCAGCUGGACCGACGUUGGUGGCACCUACUUCAUUGCCACGAAAGACAGUUCCCGGUUGAAAGCAUUCAUUGAAGACUCUCCGUGA